UCCGGGUUGGCGGCGGCGGGAGGCCGAGGGCAUGAGGCGCGCCGCGAUUGGCCAGCUCGCGCUGCCCGGCGCGGCGGCGGCGCGGCGGGGGGCGCGUUAAAGGGCCCGCGGCGCAGCUGGGCGCUGUUGCUGUGCGCCAUGGCCUACCAGGGCUUCGCGCAGGAGUACUUGGGCAUGCCGGCCGUGACGCGGACCUACACCACCGCCUGCGUGCUCACUACCGCCGCCGUGCAGCUGGAGUUCAUCACCCCCUUCCAGCUGUACUUCAACCCCGACCUCAUCUUCAGGAAGUUCCAGAUAUGGAGGCUGAUCACCAACUUCCUCUUUUUUGGGCCCCUGGGAUUCAGUUUCUUUUUCAACAUGAUAUUUCUGUACAGGUACUGCCGCAUGCUAGAAGAAGGCUCCUUCCGUGGAAGGACAGCUGACUUUGUCUUCAUGUUCCUCUUUGGAGGGUUUCUUAUGACACUAUUUGGACUCUUUGCCAGCCUGUUUUUCCUGGGCCAGGCUUUCACCAUUAUGCUGGUAUAUGUGUGGAGUCGCAGGAACCCUUAUAUCCGUAUGAACUUCUUUGGGCUUCUUAACUUCCAGGCCCCCUUCUUGCCCUGGGUCCUGAUGGGAUUCUCUUUGCUCCUGGGCAACUCCAUCAUCAUUGACUUACUGGGGAUUGCAGUGGGUCACAUCUAUUAUUUCUUGGAAGAUGUUUUCCCCAACCAGCCUGGAGGAAAGAAGUUGCUGUUAACCCCCAGCUUCCUGAAGAUGGUAUUUGACACACCUGAAGAGGAUCCCAACUAUAACCCUCUCCCUGAGGAUCAUCCAGAAAACCAACCUAGAGACCAAGGCCAGAACCAACAGCAGCAUCCACAGUAACACAGGGGACUUCUCCAUUUGGCCAGAUUCCUCUCUUCUGGCCGGACUUAGGCUGUGGCCCAGAGAUCCUACUGGAAUAACACCAGUUGCCAUUUCAA